AUGGUGGGAUUUCCGGGUCGGCGGCUGGAAGGUCCACUAACGGAUUCCGACAGAAGGGUCCUUCGCAGCGGCGCUCUUUGCUGCGGCAUUCCAGCACUCCUACUAUUCCUUUUUGGUCUAAUCCUGUUGACCACCGGCAUUGUUUUCAUCGUACAAGGACGAAAUUCGGGCGAAUUCAUCUCGUACGUUUUUGUCCUAAUGUUCUUUAUAUGGCUGCUUUGGUGCCUUUAUUUGAGUAUGAUUUGCCUAUGGCUCUCGAGCGUAAAUGAGUUUUGGCAGACUUUAUACGGGAUCACUGGGGCUUUUUAAGUACUGAUUUUGCAUUUUAAGCAAGUCGCAAAGUUCGGAGUUGGUAGAGAAAAAAGUAAGCUUCCAACUCUCCCUUUUAGACGGUAUGACCGAAGCGCGGGACGUUUAUCAGAUAAAAUGCCCAUUGCCAAUAGAAGAGAAGAGACGAGUCCCAGGAAGCAGUCGUGAAGAAGGAGACACGAUUUCCAGGAAAAGAGCUUUAUUCGCCUGACGUUUCGGAUUUCUGCACGAACCCAUCAUCAGAGACAAAAGCAGAUACGGAUGGUUCAUGCACAAGGGAUUGCAGUAUUUAUAGGAUGCAGUCGCCAUGCUACCGCAUACCUAUGAACAUUCACGGCUCUCACAUUUAUAAGAGGUCCUUGCACUUGAUGUGCUGACUGUUUGAUGGCCGAUAUCCGCGUCGUUAAUUACUGUAGUUUCAUCACCUGUGUUGGAUGUUGGUGUGAUGAUUGCUCGACUAUUUGGCCUACCGACCCUGGCAUUGGGAGCAGUGUUCAACUGGGCGCUCCGCGCGGGGCUUAUAACUCCGCCCAGGCGAGGUCUCAGCACUGAGUAUGGAAGGGGAAGGUCGUCGCACUUGUCAGUGAACCAUGAUUCAAGCAGCUCGCGGCUCACGCGGUUGUCACCUCUAGCGAGAAUUUCGACCUCGUCGAACUUGAAUUUGUGGCCGGAUCUCGUCGAAUGAGCCGCAACACGAAAGCUGGCGUCAUUCCUCCGCAUUGUUGCAACUUGUUCGGCCAUUCGCGUUCGGAGCAGUUUCUCUGUUUGUUUGACGUAGUUUCUUUGUCCGCAACUGCACCAUGACCGAUAAACGACUCCCGACGUUUCUUGCCGUGACAGCGGGUCUUUCGGUUUCAUUAACUGACGCAUGAUGGUUGUCUCCGGUCUGUUUGCAACUCCAACUCCAAGUGGUCGAGAUAGUGGCCGACAGUUUCCGAAACGUUCCUGACAUACGGAAGCGCUCACCAAAAUUUGGUGUCCUAGCGGUUAGGCCUUUCGUCCCUUUUGCGUAUGCACCGGUUGACAAAGUUGCGCGUGUAGCCAUUGUUUUUGAUGACCCGUCGGAGGUAUUGUAGUUCGGCAAUCUUGCCUUCUGGCUCACUGCAGUGCGUUUCAACAUGCCGAUAGGGCGUCCUUACACAAAUGCGUUUGUGACUGAUUGGGUGGUUGCUAUUGAAGUCCAGUACUUGCAUCGUAUUUGUCGCCUUCCUGAGCAGUUUGGUCUUUUAGCCACCACAAUCCUUUCGGCAUGCGAGGACAUCUAGGAAGGCCAGCUGGUUGUUCUCUUCCUCCUCGAUUGUAAAUUGUAUGUCUGGGAAGACCGCAGUGAGACGUUUUUUGAAUGUCAGCGGUUGCUACCGGUCGAUAACGACGGAAACAUCAUCCGCACACCGAGCACGUAUCUGCCAUUGUCUCUGAUGGGGAGUUUGAGCAGAAAUUAAAGACGUCGAGCGAAUAAGGCCCUUGUCCCAGCGAUCGUGCCUCCUUCUUCACAAAUAUCUACAUCGCUUUUCUUUAACGCAGUUAGGUCAGUUAAUCCUCAAGUUGUAUCAUGCGUUUUUUAUUUAAAUAGAUGUUUAUCGGAUGUAUGUAAAAGCUAUCCGUUAGUUGAGAAUGCUAUCCCGUGAAACGCCUUUGACUUUUCUGCGGAAAUGUUGGGUUGUGCGACGGCUGCGAGAGGUGGAUGUAGAGUGGGUACUUGCGGUACACGUUUUCCAGGGCAUCGACUGACUCUGUCACAUUAGACAUAUGCUGAACAGUUAGGCUCCAUUGAGUGCACUUGGAGUCGGGAAAGUGACAUAAUACAGCUGCCAGUUUGUCGUUACUCACUCUAUUAAGAACUGCCGCUAAAUCUAGUUCGAGCCAACAUAAAUGUGACCCCAAACUACUCCCUACUUUCCAGUACAGGGGUGGGAAACUGUAUAUCGAAGAUUUCAUUUAUUUCAUAUCUUCUGUCGUCCUGCUGGCCCUUAAUUCAACAUAAUGGUUGCAAGUGCCUGAGUACACAUCUACCCGCAAGUUUACGAACUGCCGAAUGCGAAGUCGCACUGUAGUGACAGAAGAGGAUGCCCCUUAUCAGAAGAUGAAGAUGCGAUCACUGGAACAAGAGGUUUAUUUGCCUGACGUUUCGGAUUCUCACUCGAAUCCAUCAUCAGAGACAUUCGCAGAUGGAGGUGAAGGUGGCACCAGGAGUGCAGUAUUUAUAGCACGUGGCUGCCGUAGGACCGUAUGCGCACUGCAAUCAACAGUUCUCACAAUCGCCGCUGGGGUCGUAAUUGAUGCGGCGGUGGCUUGGCGGUCCGAGUCCGAGUUGUUAAUUGCCGCGAUUUCGUCAUCCGUGCUCGAUGCUGGUGUGACGAUUGCUCGGCAAACUGGCUCACUGUCACCGUGAUAAUGGCUCACCCGCGCCCUCCCCACGUGACUGAUUCUCCUGCCCAGGGAAAAUCGCAAUACGGAAUAGGGCACCGGGAGGUCAUUGUGUUUGUUGAUUGAUUGCGGGCCUGAGAACCAUGACUCGAGCAGCUCGCGGCUCACGCGGUUGUCACCCCUUGCGAGGAUUUCGGCCUCUUGAAAUUUGAAAAUAUGGCCGAGUCCCGUCGAGUGUGCCGCCACCUGAGAGUUAGCGUCUCCCCGCCUCACUGCUGCUGCGUGCUCGGCAAGUCUCGUACGGAGUAAUCUCCCAGUUUCUCCGACAUAAUUGCUUUGUCCGCAACUACACCAGAUCCGGUAAACGACUCCAGACGUUUCCUGCCGUGGCAGCGGGUCUUUUGGUCUCAUUACUUGGCGCCUAAUGGUUGCUUCCGGCCUGUGUGCAACCCCAACUCCAAGUGGAGUGAGAAGACGACUGACGGCUUCCGAGACGUUCUUCACGUACGGAAGAGCCCGCCAAAAUUUGGGGCUAGUUGGAUUUGGUCUUUGGUGUCCUUUUCGUAUGCAGUGGUUGACAAAGUUGCGCGGGUAGCCAUUGGCUCUCAUUACCCGUCGAAGAUAUUGUAAUUCAGCAACCUUGUCUUCCAUUUCACUGCAGUGCGUCUCAACACGCCCUUACGCAACUGCGUUUGUGACUGAUCGGGUGGUUGCUAUUGAAGUUCAGUAUUUGCGUCGUAUUUGUCGCUUUCCUGAACACUUUGGUUUUUAGGCCACCACAAUCUUUGCGGCAGACGAGGACAUCCAGGAAGGACAGCUGACUGUUUUCCUCCUCCUCCAUCGUAAAUUGAAUGUCCGGGAAGACGGCGUUGAGUUGUUCUUUGAAAGUCAGCACCUGAUCCCGUUCGAUGACGACGAAGGUGUCAUCCACAUACCGAGCCCAGAAUUUCGGUCUGUGGUGUCGGAAAACCAGCGACUCCAGCCGUUGAAGGACCGCCUCGGCUAUGAGUCCCGAAAUCGGUGAACCCAUUGGCGUUCCCUUCACCUGCUCGUAGAUUGUUCCGUCGAAUGUAAAGUACGUCUUGAGACAGAACUUCAGGAGCUGGAUGAUUUGGGCGUGUCCGAGGCGAUUCUCCGUUUCGUCGUACUUCUCUCGUAGGAGUAGUUCGAUUGUCUCGACUGCCAGGUCCUGUGGGAUAGAAGUAAAAAGGGACGUGACAUCAAAGGAAACCAUGAUAUCGCUUGCCAAGCGAACUGCCGAAUGCGAAGUGACACUGUAGUGACAGAAGAGGAUGCCUCUUAUCUCAACAUGAUCAUCUAUUCGUAAUUCACCAGGCCCGCGCGGAUGUCAUUGGCGCCCAGGAACGGUUGCCGCACUGCCCGUUUGCAUGCUUAGCCAAUGUCAUGAGGUCUGCAGUGACCCUCAGCGUAGUCCGACUCUCCUCGACCAGUGAUUCCGCUAGCAACACAUAACAACUGUUCGCUUGUCCAUAGCUCGUAUUAAUCAUUCGGCCGCUUUGCACGACCUCGCAAAUGAUCACCUAAGGCCUCCGUCUGUCAAUGGAGGACGACGCCAUUCCGAAAUGAGUCAGCGGCCAGACGGGUUCACACGGAGUUCAUGUUAUCGUAAAUAGACUCUCUGCGCCGUUUCAUCUAGUGAAUGAUCGCACAAACCAGAGCUCGGGUAUUGGCCUUCAUAUCCAGGUGGGGACCGUACACCCAGUGACCUGUCUCAGUGUCAGUGAAUAAAAUCUACUUUUUAUUUUAAUGUUAUAAUAAACCACUUGUUGAGAAGUCGGCCUCUGGGUGAGAAAAUGGGAUGUAACAAAGAGAGAAAUACAGUUAGAUUCUGAAGACUUUACAACCUCAUUUGCUUAGGCAAUAAAGUACCAUGCAUAAACAGUCGUUAAUCCAGGAUCACAAGAGCGAAAUCGACACAAACAUUUUUAUAUCAAAUUUUGUACACUGCAGUUGGAUCCCGCUUUCUAUAGCAGACUGUUAUUGUCAUCUUAGUGACUAAACUGCCCUGCGGACAAUCCAGGACGUGAUCUGAAUCCUUAUCAAUCAUUUUUUCCUUCCUUCAGAAAGGAUAAAACAACUGGCAUCCCACUUACCGCAUUUGGUGUCUUCUUCAUACUUGCUUCCGCCAUUUUUUCUACUCGGACAAUGUGCUUGUUAGCAAUCCUAAAGAACUCAAAAGAAUCGUCUGCAAUCGUAGAGACAGAUCUUUCAAACGUAAGUCACUUGUGGUUUUAGCAAGUCCUCCUGCACCAGUCCAAUUUUCGUAGAAUUAUGAAGGAGAUUUUUAUCUUUUGGAUAAGCUUAUUUCAUUUAAAACACCCGUGUCCGUACUUGCUAAUGCAACCUGCUUAAAAAAUCAAAGUAUAUCUGGACCAAUCAAAACAACCUAUUUGUAUAACACCGUAAUUGCCGCAAAGUUCGGAAAACCGGAACUAUUACUCACAAGGGCGAAUGGGAAAUAACAGUCCACUUCUGAAACACCUGUCCCCGUUGGUCUGCCGAAUCGGUGGUGCAGAUGCGUGUCCAGCCAGCCAAUUAGAUUAGCGCCUGACCAGGUGGGUCAGAUUCACUCCUUGCCGGUUUCUGUCAAACGCAAGUAAUUCAGCGAAAUUCCAUUGUUCGCUUAUGUAACCUGGCCGCCCAAUCUGUUUUUAAAGGUCAGACCACAGGAUAAUAUAAAUCCGUGGUUAUCUGACGUCUCUUAGCUCGCAACCAUCUAAACAUAGGGUGGUUGCCUGUAGAUGCGCAGACAUUUUGAUGUUUGAACGACCUUUCUCAAUGCGAGUAUAACAAUAAAUUAAUGUCCUUCUGUUAUAGCAACCUCCUGUCACUGCUCGAUGUAAAUUCCAUGCCUUAAGAAUAGCAUCCAAAGUCGUUAAAAGUGCCCAUAAAGCUGGAUUUUCGGACCGAUCUGACCAGAAAAUACAGGCGACAAAGACAGCUUUUGUGUAUUUCAGAGCGUUGACUGGUAAUACACAUUAGAAUGAUAACACGGUAGCACCAUCGACAUUUAGCCGCGUUAAGCUGCCGACAUUCAAAUAAAUAGGUUGGUAUGUUCACGUCUAGUCAGCACGUUGGGCAUGACAAGACAGGGUUUGCGGAUGGCCUUGAGAAAGUCACGCCCGGUUUGUUUCUGUCUACCGUAUGUGCACUUAAAUGAAGAACUUGAGCGAAUAAAACGGGAAUGGCCGAGUACCCACCGUAAAUGUUUUCAGAAAUACGAAAAAAAUGUGAAAAAUAAUUUGAGGAUGACGUUUAGACCAGUUUAUUUUGACGACCGGCUCAAGGUUUCCAGGACCAUAGACUACUGCUGAACGGACAAACGCUUUGGCAAUGAAUAAGUGCACUAGGUGCCUGCAUUCUUAAAGACCAGCGCUUCACGAAUCUGGUGAUUAACUGACCCUUAAGGUAGUCAGCGGAUGCAGGCAGCCAGCAUAAUUUGGGCAACGCACUAGCGAGAACCAAGUUUUAACUCCUUCUCGUGUUAAUUCUGGAGGUCAUAUUUUAGAAAAAGUCAAAAAACUAUGCGCUUCCCUUUAUAACAUGAGUUGGUUCUCUUCGUAGAACAUCAAGUUGCAUAAAAAGGGAACCUCGCGGUUACUUUUCGCUCGUCGCAUAGGAUUUCUUAUUGAGACACUUGUAAAUAUCCGUCAAAGGUUAAGACUUUUAUUACGAAAAAACCGGCCAGAAGAAGACUCGAUCUUUACACUGCCAGUGCCUAUAAGGAUGUGCUUUUCGUCUUGUAGCAGAAACUCAUAAAAUAUCAAAGAAUUACUACAGAUAGAUAGCCACGUGCGUAGUUCCGCUGUAUUUUCGAUCUUCAUAGCCGAUAGGUCAUUUGUCAUGUUAGAAAGCUGCAAUAUCCAGGUCAGUAUAUAAAGAUUCCGCGUCCGAAUACCGGAACUUCGAAGCACAGUAAACAGACCCCAGCCACCUGAUGUACGGGACCGGUGGUAAUUGGGGUCUUUGGAGGUGGAGCCGGUUAAUGCACAGGCAACGAGAUCAAGUAGUCGUGUACAAAAGAAAAGCUAUUAGGAAUGCGCGGUUCUGCCUACCUCCUAACCUCUAACCCUAACCCCUGACCAUAACCCCUAGCCACGACUCCAACUGUAUUGUGUCCAUCAGGUGGGGCUACGUAAACACACCUUACAUUCAUUCUGUUCGCCAGUUGCAAGCCGCCGAUACUGCAUGUUCCAAGUAUGUCAAAUGUGAUGCACUUGUCAGAACACUGCAACCUCACUUACUCAUGACAGAGUAACAUGUGCUACGUCUGGGCGUAUUUGAGGUAUUUGCCAAAAAAGUAGGUGGGGGAUGAGGCACUUGGCAGACUAGCGAAACGGCUGCGACGUAGAAUCAUGGUAGUUUGAGCAGUAUGUUUCUACCGUAGACACUAACGAUAGGUUGAAACUGACAACCUCGGAUUUGGAAAACGUCAAGUGGUUUUGUCGCCAGAACAUGGGUUCUAUUAAUCACUUCAGCUCAGUGCUUUCGACGUCCUAUGAACAGAUCGCGACUAACAACAAAAAGUAUAGCAUUAAACAUAUAGACUCGUUAGUUUUGAGCACAUUAGUCGACCCUUAAUUAGUAACACGGAGAUAUUUUUUGGUUAAUUGUCUUUCCUGUGUUGUCAAUGUGUAAAAAAAAUGCAAAAUGCCUGCUGGCGUUUUGUGAAGAUUACACGGUUAUUUCGCCGUAGCUGAUGGAUUUUAGCUCGGAUUUCAUAUCAACUUUCCGACCGUGUCUGAAAAGGUCAGUUCUGAAGGAUUUAUUCCAAGUUAACGCAUUAGUUUCCUUGGAAAGUAAACAAGGCAAAGUAAAACUGGAGUUUAUAUACGGGGAAAUACACGGGGAAGGCCGGAGGCCCCAAUGAUGAGCCGAACUCCUUGUACGUUCGUCGGGGAGCGAAACAAGAUCGGCGAAACCCCGGUGCCUGCGCUUUUAACUAACAUCUGUGUUUCCAGAAUGGUAAAUAAUUACACAGUUUAGUGGGAUUAUUAGCUGUUCAGAACGGCUGUUUAUAACACUGAGAAAACCUUUGGUACAUUACGCGAAAUUUGCCGUCCAACAACCAGGAGUUAAGGCAAAUAUGUCAGAAUAAGGUCAUCCCAGGUUCUCAUAUUGUUGUUGUUAUCUAUAUUAUUGUCUUUACUUUCCCGGCUAAAUUAAACUGCGCAAUCAUUCAUUAUCCAAUCAUCUAGGUAAUAUUUGCUACAAUAAACAUAUUUUAUUUUAAAUUUUAGGCCGCCUACCCACGCCAGGAGUACGGAACCUAUCUCAGCAAAGACCCCGUCCCUCCACCUCCGUACGAACUUGCGACAAAACAAUAAAUAAUUGGGAACGUUUAUUCUAUUUAAACUGAAGAAUUUAAGUAACGGCAUAACCUUUUGGAAAGCAAAUAUAAAUAUGCUAGUUGUUUUCAUAAUCGUGGCGACUGUGGGGCAUUUACUUAGUCGUAUCAAAACCUACAAUGGUCAUUUCAUAUUUUCCAGCAGAAAACCAGGCUGUGGUAUCAGGCACACGGAUCUUCUCUUUGUCAGAUAAAUUAUCUUUACGAAAUUUCCCGAUGCGGAAAAGUGGACAAUCACUCAGUGUACAAUGGUCUACGACAUUGCUUCUGUGUUAAGUAUAUCUUCUUUUCUAGUUUUUAAGACGGCGGAUCCACAACGAACCGUCUGAUCAAUCGUAGUGAGGAAUUUUUGAGUUAACAUUAAAAAAACACCUCGAAAAUCUGCAUGAGUACGCCUCCGAAAUCGUCACUUUUUCUAAGCUUGUAGUCUGGAAUGCAACCAGGUUGAUGGGCGUAAAAUAAAGGGAGCGUUAUGUCACUAGUUCCUGGAUUUUGAGAUUAGAAUGAUAUCCAUAUUUUUAUAUGAAUUCAGUAAUGAUCGGUCGACAUUUGCAUUUCUGGAAACCGCGAUAAAAUAUCCGUCAUAUCGAGGUUUUUAUGCAGGUAUGUACACGUUUGCGUGGUGGCAUAUAUUUGUGCGGUAAUAAAUGCGAUCGCUCAGUUACUAAGUGGAAAUCAGCAGAUCCAAUUAUGCGUUUUCUCGGCAUUUCAUUAUAUCUUUAAAAGCUUCAGCGAACGUUCGAUGAAAAGAAUAUGAAUAAAGCAUUGUCUCAGUAUCGAUCGUUGCUAUCGGGUUUGACUGCUAUUCGACAGCAAGGAUUAACGGGGUUAAGGUCAGGCUUGUCCACAGUUUGCUACAUCUGUUAAGUAGUGAAUAAAAAAGAGUUUUGAUCGUCAUGCUAUGAGGCCAGUUUAUCACGAAACUUAGAAAGGUUUCAGGGCAUAUAAAAGCUCCGAAAUGUCUCUUAGAGCGAGCAUGUUCUUCAAACGCAAGGAAAUGCAGUUAGUAACCGGUUGUAAGAGACGUUAACCGAAAUUCUGAAAUGCGUUGUCGAUUAAGGAAGAUUGCUUACUUGGGGCUGUAAUAGUGAUGAUUGCGCAAUAUAAUCUGAAGAUAUCUUUGUCAGUCUAGGGUACCGGCUUUGAAUAUACUUACUUUUGGCCACCUAGAAACAGCUUUCAGUUAAAAAAUACUAAUUCAGUGGCAUAGUUAUCUCUGCUGACUAUCAGUAGCCCUAUAAAUUCAAUGGAUAUUGUAAAAAAAUACGCAAAUUGUUUUUAACUGUACACAUCUACUAGAAACUCACGUGAUCCUCAAAUUUUAUUCCUGAUGAAAGAGUGUCUUUUGAUUUAGAAAAGUUUAUAAUUAUGAGCUUUUUUUACGACCGUGGCUAAUAUUUAAUGAGAUUGGUCGCUGGCCACGCUUUUGGGGACGAAUGCUGGCCACAAUGUUCCCUGAAAAAUCUCAGUACUUCCCUUAUCUUCGGUCGUGAUGGAUAGUACGCACCCAGCAGUGUUUUCUAGAAGCAUAAAUGGACUAAAAAUUUUGCUUGACUCUAUCCCUGUGUACUGUAAGUUUCAAAAAGGCACCACAUAAACUUAUGUAUAGGGUUUGUUUGCCGUCCAAGCGACCGCUUUUCAUAUAGUUUUACAGGCAAAAUCUAAAUUAAAACUUUUCGGAAAAUGCUUGUAUUCCAAUUUAUGCGUUUUUUCAUUCUUUUACAAUGCCAAAAUCUGAUUAGCAACGAUACCUUAAGGUGCAGGAUUCAAGUUUACACCAGGCUAGUUAAGGAUAAAUUAGAAGGUCCGGUUCUGCUUGCUUACAAUACAUUUUUGCAACGCACGGUAGAAAAUACCGUUGUCGAUUUUGAAGAUUAUCUGUCACAUGAUCAUGAUGAGUGGAACAUUGCGAAAGGCACGUUUACUGAGGUAAGCGGGGUCAGGCAUUUUAUUUAGCUGAAGAAUCUAGCCGAAGACAAAUUUUCAUAUGUUAUUCGCAGUUAUAAGAAACUUUAUCGUUCCAUUAAACCGGUCCAUCAAAACAAACAUUGGCAAAUGACAAACAGCACAUGGUGUAGGGAAAGUGUCCUCAGAAGUUUAAAAAUGUAGGAGGCAUUGUUUUUAAAUUCUUCUUUAUAGUUGUAAGAAAGUAAUUAGCAUUAUUUGGAAAAUAUUUACGGCCCUAUUAUGGAUGUGCACAACAAACAAUCUCGUGGGCAGCUAUUUACUGAAGAAUGAACAACCCAUUUACUAAGACUGUUAACUUCCUUUGUAAACAUAGUCAAACGUCUGGGAUUGGGAAUUUGUUUAUUUGGAAACUGACUAGCUGUUAUUUUCUGUGACAUUUAGAACUGAAUUUUUGGUAUAAGAAAAACUGCCCUGCAAAUUGAAUGAAUGAUAACAAUCAAAAAUAUAUCGUAAAGCGUUUAUUAACACGAGUAUGUUUGCUACGAAGUAUACUUAAACACUGCUAUAGGAGAACCCAUAAAAGCAAAACUUAUCUGUUUUUCUAAAAUGCCGCAGUAAUUUAAAUUUCGCGCGUAAUCUUCGAACGCCGCUCAUUUUCCAUUUGGAAUACGAAGCGUUAAUUUUAUUUGAGCAAAAAAUUUGAGGCAUAAAAUAAGACUAUAAUUACCUAACUGAAACGUCAGAAGGAAAGUCACAUCUUGAGUAUCCGUUGGUUUUCGAUGGGCAGCUUCAUAUCUAUCGGCCGUCCACUAAUAGUUUACUAACACGCCUAUACAUCAUUUUUCGUUCCCAGACGCUCAUUUUUCUCAUAUGAUGACUGCUUGCAUCGGCGUUAUUGUGAAAAUACUUUUUUACAGUUAGAUUCUGAUAAGGCUGGUCUGGACAUGAAAACUACUCACUCACAAAUAAAACGUGUGGAUGAGAUGCUAGGCUUCUGAUCAUUGAGCCCUAGAGCUCUUAUAGGUUUUCGGAUAUGAAAAAUGAUUUAUAUAGUCCAGGCCGCUCUUUACGGGGACUUUUAAACGAUUCCGUAACUUUUUGCUCAUAGAGUGAAUUGGAUCGUCCAGGGUACGUUGUCCCUGCUUCUUAUGUGAAAAUCAACAAUUUCGUAAACCUAUUUGCGAGGAAUAUUAACUUUAAGUGGACCUUCUUCUUUCUCCGCCCAACUUACUACUUCCGGAGGCCAUUGUCUCAGGAAUUAAAAUGUGACUACUACGAUAAUAGGCGCGCGCUAGACAUCACAGUCAUUAGAUCACGUCCUGAUUAAUAGAAGACCUAGAAAACCACUAGGAAGCGUUUAUUUUUUGCCAAGAAUCCUGAAAGCAAUUUGAAUCCUCGUUUCCCAGGUUUAGUCAUAGGCGAACAUUCCAAUGCAAGGGUCCGAACGACAGAGAAUCACGUGACAGCAAAUUGGCGUCCGCACAGUCAGCUGAUUGGGUGAUUUCGACAUCUGUGAUAGUCUGCGACUGGCUGUCCUCGGAGCUGAAUGUCCGCGGGCUCCAUCCACUGGAAAGCGGUGGCCGCCUGAUUGCCCCUACGACGUGUGCGUGUGAGCUGUCUGAGCUCCCGUCUCUAGAGCGGGUCAGUCAAUCUGAAUUGCUGGUGACCCGGUCAGAGAAGUAGUUCUUAUAGUACAUCUAUCGGUUCUCCUAAUGGUCCUUGAUUCUGACAAGGAUGGAGUUCGUGAAAUCACCGAGAAAGUAGAGCUCAGGGACUUCUGUAAUACGAGAAGGAUGUAAAUAUUAGAUUUUUUCCGUAGGGCAUAUAGACUCGGCAAUCAAUGGAGUGUACGAAGGGCAUUAGAAAAACUCGCAUUUCUGCCAUAUGCUUGUUUUACCACUCAAACUAGGUGCCGGAACUGACCAUGAUAUUUGAAAGAUACGAGCAAGGGGAUGCAGACCGGCGACAAAUAGGUAAUUCAAAGUUAUCGGCUAAAUAAGGCCGGGUUGACUAGGACAGCAUUCGAUAUGCAAACCUGAGCCUAAGCCCGACCCAAAACCUUUCUCUAGCCGUAUCAUUUAACCUAUCCCUAAUCUUAGACCUAACCUUAACCUUAAAUUUGAGCACUUCCUUAAGCAUGACGAGAAAUAUAUUCCUAAGUUAAUCAUAACAUACUUAAACCAAAUAAGUAGACAUGUUGUACUAAUGAAAGUACGGCACUCGUAAUCAAUCGUUUCCCUGUUUGUUUCGAAAUUCUUUACGCAAUUGGGUUAUUUUCUUUGCCAGGGGUGUUGUCAAAAACAUGGAAUUAAACAACACUUUUAUCUACUUUCUGUUCGCCGAGGCCAUCAUUUGUAUCCCAAAAACUGUGUGACGACAUUUUCGUUGAAGUGAUUUUAAUAAACUAACACAAAAUUUCGUAGUGAUUGGAUAGCUUAGCCGUUCAUGUCCACUUUGGAACUUAGCGGUAGGUCAAAUUUAUAAAUUAUUAACAAGCUGUGCAAACUAGGCUUUCUGGAUCCCACAAGUUCACAUUCACCCAGGAUAUGACAGAUCGGCAGCUGACGUCCCAUGUCGUCACAUUGACAUCGUUUCGAGGAUUCAACCAUGUUCAUAUUAACUUAACAUCCGCAAAUCCCUUUUAUGAUUUUGAGAUUACAAAAGAAAGAUUUCCGUGUUUGAGUCCACAUUUAGUGAGACAAAAGUUGAAUAGGAACGAAAGCAAACUCUGGCAAAUGGACAUUUUUUCACUUUAACUGCGACAAACAGAUAAAAUAGUUUGCUAUAUGCCUAGAAAAGUUAAUAAUAAUUCCAGAUCACGUUAGUAGUGCCGAUAAUUGUUUUGCCUUACAAUUAUGAUAAUUUACUGUUAUGUAAUUGACAUGUGGUUGGCAAAAUCAACAUAUUGCUCUCAUUCCAACUCUCAGACUGCCCCAGCUAAAAUCAUGAAGCUUUGACGUUAUCAACCCUUAAUUAGCUGAACUCAGCUGUUGCUCUUCUGCCGUAGCUUGGUAAGAUUUCUGAACAGGUCUGACGAUAAAUAGUCAAAAAGCAACGUCCGCCGAAUUUGACUGCUGCAUUUUGAACUGUGUCAUCGAUGAGAUACGAGUACAUACGCGUCAUAUUUAAACCUUGAAGUCGGUUCUGUGUGUUUGUAUAAAGUGGUCAUUUAUGGACUGUGACUCAGGCUUAGGCGUCCCUUCUAGAUACAACAGUUCGACUGUCGACUCCGACGACUUACACCGUGUGUCUCAAAACGGGUUUCACGUAGAGAGAUGAUUUGAACGUGAACUAAUUUACGGUAUGAGUAGACUUACGAAGCAUCUAUCGUAUUCUUUUUUUCUCUCCCACCUGGGUCCGGUGUCAUGACAGAUUCAAAAUGACUGAAGAUGGAAGAGGGUAUGGGUGGCUGGCGCGACGUGAACCCUGCAGCUGGGCACGUCACCACCAGGCCUCUUGGUCUUCGCACAAAUUACAGGACUUUGCUUAACGAAAAGUGUGGGUGCAACUCAGACCCUAGCUAGGUGGAAGUGCCGUCAAGGGCACAUGAAAAAGGGGACCAUCGUAGUUUGGCUGUCAGUCUUACAGUCGGCCAUUCCACACAAACACACAGUGAGUUUACUGCGAGGCCUGAGUUGGCAACAUCCCAUGCCUCAGUUUUUUAGUGCACUCUGAUACCCUCAAAGUCAUCAAAUUGUUUAUGGUGACGGAGAUGCGUUGAGAGUCGAACUUACUCCCUAUUCUACCUCCCGUACACCAUUUUUCUGUCCAAGCCGGUCAGUCAACAGAUUCUGAGAUCGGGAGCGGUGGCGGACGGAGCUAAAACAGCUCAUCUGUAUGUGCCAAAUACGCGAUCAGCCCUCCCCCCCCGUAACACGCCAAGAUUUCACAAAAUGUCCUCGGCGGCACUCUGAUGUCCGUGAGACCCGAGCCGUUGACCCACUUUGCGCGAAAACGCAGUGUGCUGCGCUGGGAGUCAGAUCAAGCGCGGCACGAGCAGACGCAUUCUCUAGCUCUGACAGUUGCUUGCGCCCAAAUCCCGUACCAGAAGACUCGGUUCGGACUGCAGUCUGGUGAUAACAGAGGGAAUAUUGAGAGGGAGAGACGACUCUGGGGACUCUUUCCCAUGGAAGUUUGUCCAUAUUCCUCUUUAUAGAUCAUCUUAUGAGAUUUCAAACUACUAUGAUGCGCCAAAAACCAUAGCUUGGAAGAUGGCCAACUAAUGGAAUAACUCUGUGGCUGUAUCUGAAUAUGGCUUCUCUCACAGUUUGGAUCGAAACCGCUCUACCCUUUUCCUUGUUACGUAAAAUCUUCGUCCGUCGAGUGCAGACCAGGCCUUGUCAGCAAAUGCGCCUGAUUCCGCCUCCCCGUAAUCCGUCUUCAUACAGUUCUUGCACCCACUGUGCUGUGCGGCACACAACGGACAUCCUCCCUCGCGAUUUUCAAACGGACACAUGAAGAGUUAUGAAUUCGCGCUUUUUUCCAUUUUGAUUUUCUACUUUUCCUGUGGUUCAUUUGAUCUGAUGUAAAAGGAUGCAGAAUAACGCAAAAGUCGCCAGUUCAGAAACGAUAGGCGUGUAAAGGCAACUUGAAUGACCUAUCGAAUGGUCAUAAUAGCGAAAUCAAAUUGUCACUUGAAAUUCCGGUUUUACUGUUUGGUUUUUUCGACAAAAUCGGGUUCUUAACUGAGUUUAAGAGCAAUGUAAUGGAAAAGGACCUCGCUUUCGAAUCCAUACUCCAAUAUUUGAUGUGAAUGGUCGAUGAAAAAAAUGCUUUUGUUUAUUAUAAGUCUUCGCAUUUGAUUACCCAAGAGAGAGACUAAAGAUUGUAGGCGACGUUGUGGACAGUUAACUUAACCGAUUUCAUCUGAGCAGUGGUUGAACCUGAUUUGCACUGUCUUCAGUCAUAAUUGGUCAAUUUUGCCCCAGUCUAACUGAAGCACAAUGGCCUAGCUCAAAUAUAGACGUCGACAAAUGCACAGAACGAUAUAUUAGAGCUCCAGUUUACCACUCUGAGUCAUUGCUGCGGACGAUCACACUCAAAUAGCUUGUAAGCAUUUACCUUGAGUAAAAAAUGAGAUCUUUUAAAUACAACUGACCGUAUGAAUUUCGUGCAUAAAAUAUAUUGAUAUUUUUUUUAACAAAUUCAAUUACUCGAGGUGACAGUUCAAAUCGUACUAACACAUCAUUUCACUUACUAGGGACUAAAAGAUCAUAAGUUUUAAUUCAUGCUUUUUGACCAAAAGCAGUAACAACCAAAAUUUGACAGGGGUCCUCCAAGCGGUUCACUUACCGCAACCAUGUUAACUUCCUAUAAACGGAACCCCAUCCGUACUGAGCACUUGAAAUUAUCAACCAAAUAUUGUCCUCAGUCCUGCACUGCAGCACACGGCCGUCCUUUCCGUUUAAUGCGUAGGUUGGAUAUAAUACCUGGCAAACAAUAGUCGCAAGUUUUUUUGUUAUUCUCAACACAAACAAAUUUGCCCCAUUGAGCUCAGUCAAAGGCAAUCACAAAUGACCUGCUCUUCCGCGAAGCCAACUUCCUCCCGCUGAUAAAUAUUCAUUGGUCGUCAACGACGCACAGCAUAACAUUUCUUUAUUGUUCCCGUGGAUAAACCCUUCAGCAUUCCGUACUAUAGCUUCUGUGUUCCGAAAUUUAAGAUGUUCUGCAGUGACCGACUUUCUAUUUUCUAUAUGAAUGACACUUAUGAGAAGAUGCGCAUUACAAAAGGAAAAUGGGCAGGAAGAUCAAGACCAGACUUAAAGGUGAUGUCAAACGCUGAUGCACUCCACUAACUGACCUACUAAAAACAUAUUUAAUUUCAAAUAACCACCGGCAAACAGAAGUUGGGAAAGUGAAAAUUUUCUGUGCCUCCGCCCGCAGUAGAGGACCGUAGUGUACGCUGAUGACGAAAUGCCUGCCUUUAAUUCCCAAUCAGGUUUCCCCUUCAGAGUACAUGAGUCCUAUUUGAUGGCGAAGCUAUUGUCUGCCUGGAACAUCCUGUUGCGGUUCCGACAUAUUUUUGUUGGUAAGGCCAACCUUUCAUACUUUAGUCUGCAGUCUGCCAGCGACGUUUCCUGUAUGCCCACCUUUUGUUAUUUUGCUAGCUUGUAUUUACUCCUGUCAAUUGGGUGUUGUAUCGUUAGUGCACGGUGAUAAAAUGUAUGUCGGAAAUGAAACUCUGUGUCCCCCCAGAAAAAUUAUACAAACCAAAAACAAAGAAAUGCUCAUAAUUUAGGAACGUUAUAAAACAAAGCGAUCUCUUAUUCAACUGCAUGCAACCGCUGCACAUUAAUACAGUAGGUGAGAUAACUUAUGAAAUGUCAACCGAAAUUCUGAGAUACUUUUUCGUUUCGAAAAGGUUAAUAAGGUGGGGUUGAAAAAUUAACUGCCACGCAGCAAAGUUGUGUAACAAUUCAGUUGCCUUCCGAUACCGGUUUUCAAAAGAACCUAAUUUCCGCUGCAUGCCAAAACUAUACUCUGCAAAAAUGACUAUUAAGUGGCAUGCAUUUUUAUCAUUGAUUACCGAUGCUCUUAAAACCCCAAUUAUUAUUAUGGAUUACAUGCAUAAAAACAUUCAUUCUUUUCCUUAUUCGAUAGAAAAUUACCUUAUCUAAUUCUAUACUAGGCCGAAGGGCAUAUAUCGGUUUUCAUAAACUUUUCCGAUUCCGGAAUAAUUUUGAACCCCACCUGCUUUAAAACUUGCAUUCAGGCUUCCCAAAAUACAUGCCUUAUGCCUUCCGAAUACGGAAAACCAUACAUUUCUCUACAGUAUUUAGAAGAGACUAUAUGCGAUUCACAGAAUUAAGCAUUGGAUUCGAACCGUAUAGUUAACCUUACAAGCCACAUUGGUAAACGCAGAGACAUGACGUUUUACGAACGAUCAUUUCACGAUUCAAAAAAUCGAGCAGCGACUGCUAUUGGUACUUACUGUUUCAAAGGCAAAAAAUCAUGCCUGAGAGAAGGCAAAAACUCAAAAAUGAAGGACGUCUGUCUAUUUAAUGCCCCUUAUUCUGCUGCUGUCUCUAAUGAUGGAUUCAAGUGAGAAUCCGAAACGUCAGGCGAAUAAAGGCCUUGUUCCAGCGAUCGCUUCUUCUUCUGAUCAACUAGUUCCUGGAACUCGCAUCUUUGCUUGUAUUGGUAAAGAGGUUAACAUCACUGGUUCUAUACUCGGAGAAAAUUGGGUCAAGUUGUGUGAGUUGGCGCCUGUGAUAAACAACAGGCGAGGUGGAGGGACAAUAGCAUGAGGAAUCGCGUGAAUGUCUGGGUAGUGAAAAAUGUUUCUCCCCCCCCCCCGAACGGGCCACGCCGAAGAUACGCUGGACCAACACGCAGGCCAUAUUGAAUUCUGGCAGGGGUUACCGGAAUGCGCAUCAUAAAAAAUGCCAACAUUGGGGGGAGUGGUGGCAGGCCUAUUUGCCGACUGACGCUGCGCACAUUGGCAUUCCUACCGCUCCCACACUUUUGUUGUUGGUUAAAACCCUGAUCAAGUUGUGUAGACCAAACGGGUGUGCAGUGAAGCGCCGAGGUGUGGGCUAGCCCCGCCGUCCACCUGUGCCCUCCCCAGCCUUCGGUCUUCUUGACUCUGUCUUGACACCGAUGGAGAUCGUCGGGCACGACAGUCCAGCUCGCAUAGCGAAGAAUGUUCUUGAUGAACUGCUUUUCUUUCAUGCCCGGCGCAUUCCUCUUUAGGCGGCAGCUGUCUGGUAAUUCCCGCUGUAGUCCGUUUUUCUAUUUUAUAAUUAGGUCCCCAUUUUAGUACCGCUCUUUUAAGCUGUAGACGGUCUUGUUAACGGAACACCUGCACGACGGUGGGCUGAGCUUACAUCAGAAUGUAACGUGCCUGUAACUUUCAGAACAUCGUCUGGCACGGUCGAGGUGAUUUUAUUAUCCCCGACAGUUUGACCGCCCAUUUUGGUGAUGUUAUUUUGCUGAACAUGAUUCCUCUUCUUCUGAAUUGAUUCCACAGCUUGCAUCUUGCCUAUCUUUUCCUCUGUGCUAGGAAUACAAUCCUUUUGAUGACUAGAAAAAGGCUCCGAGUGAAUCGAUCAUGAUUUGGGCCAUACGUCUGCCCAGACGGAUUUUCCUUUUGUGUAAAAGGUUCCCUAAGUCUAGCGAAAGCGCAUUGUAUAUAAGAAGGGGCAUCAAACUGAAGCCAGAACUCACAUGCGUUAAAUGACCCGAUGGAUACACGGGUUGCGUCAAACGCCACUUACCUUUUGGUUCAUAACUCCUCGCAAAAUAACAUUCGAGAUCUUGUAGGGUUGAGCGUUUUUUUAAUGACGCAAACAGCUGCGCGGCCGUUUUUGUCCUUUAUUUAAAAAAGCCGAAGAAACACAUUACAGUCGUUCGUGUUUCAUUUCGUUCGAAACAGAGAAUUUCAUAAUGACCGGGAAAUUAGACGCAGACAUUCAUUUGAAGCUCGUGUGUUUACUGCAAAAUAUUGAAAUUUCCAGCUCGCACACAAAUGCCUUCGACAGAAAAUCAAUGAAAAUGAGCCGUAAAAAAUCCGACUAAGGAGGUCAUACACCUGAUCGAUGUGCCGAUGGGACAAUGGCUGGUAUUAACAUUCACAGAACUUUCUACUACGAUCCCGCAGACUCACCGUUAAAACAGAUUUGAACUUGCUUUCCUGAGAUUAGUCUGAAGUGAUCUCUGAACGGAGAUUGUAACUUUUUACUGAACCACGAAGUACAUGUAGGCCAAAUGAAACAUGAGUUAUUAAUUCGCAUAGUCUGACUUGCCUGGGUUUGGCGACUACAAAAACCAAGAUGACUUAAUCUUUCUGGCGGUAAAAUUUCUGAUAAAAUAAACCUUUCCAGUGAUUAUCCCGAAAAGGGAUCGUGCCAUUAAAAUUUUAAACCAUUCUAAGUAGUAUAUCUUGGCUCAAAAUCUUUAAAAUAACGUACGUAUAGGAUACUCUCGAAGACAUGAGACUCGAUUUUCGGUUGAUUUGCACCGUCCCUGUCUUAAAAAGAGUUUAAAUAAAUUUUUCUCUCUUUGCCAGCAAGUGAUGUUUACAAAAGUUUGAGGGACUGAAAAGGAGCAUCGACUACUUGGGUUCUCCUGUCGGGCACAGCUGACAAUUAAUAAAACUUGGUUGGUGGUUUAAACAUUUUCAAAAGCAAGUAACAGAGUCCGCACGAUAGCGUGUUUCUUGAAUUGCUGAAGAACUCAAUUUCAUCGGAUUUUUAAUUCAUGGUUGUGGCAUGGCUGACUUAGACACGCAGCUGAAUCAACCCUGUCGAUUUGUUAUUCCCUUCAUUAUUGUGCAUAUUAACACUCUUUUAUUAGGCCAUUUGAACUCAAAUACAUCCCAGUGCUACUGCAUAAAUGCCUGUAGCAUAUGGAAGCAGAAGAAACUCAAAAAUCUGAAAGUCAUUUUUUCUGAGAAGGAAUUGAAACAAACUGAAUUAAAUUUCCGCCAUGCGCGCGGACCGUAAGAAAUCGCAAGCUGGCAUGCCAGAUGCGUAAAGUGCCCUCCAAUUUUUUCUUUUCCGAAGUGGUUUUCAUGGUGUGUCUGCAUACACUAUACGGUUAUCACCCUGUAUCAUUCAUGCUGACUGUUAUUUCCCCUAGUUCAGCAUAAUUGCUGGUUUAUAUUUCAACUAGUGGACAAAAGUAAUGCGCCACGCAUUUGGUUAUCAAUGAACCUGACAUUAUCCACUACGUUUUUUGAUACAGUAAAUACCGAGGAACCGUCAGGUAUGAAUGAUCACCGUAAGACGGAAUGAUAAUAAACACGUGCAUGUGUUGGACCCGGGGUCAGAAAUAUCGAGAGCUUAUGGGGUGUUCUGCGUUCAUCUCUGUAUAGACUGCAAAAAAGCACUUUCGUCCAGUUUUAAGUGACAUGCAUGAUUUCCUUCAGAUACUGACGGUUGGCAGUGAAAGUUUAGCAUGUCAUGGAAUUGAAUUAAGAGCAACAAUAAAUAGUUAAUAAACACACGUCAAAAUGUCUAUUGGCCGGCGUGACAUAUCCGAUUUAAGGCAUCCAGCAAAGGAGUAAGAGCGGUCAACGUCACAAGUCUCUAUCUCCGGAGGCAUUUGCUGGCGGAAUUUCGAUAUUCGCUUUAGUUCAUCAGGCAUCCGGAACUUGUCACGUCAGCGCAAAGUAACUAGCGCUUUUAAUGCAUCUUCAAGGCACAUUCCAGCUCCGUUUACAUCCAGCAGUGGCUGCUUUAAGUAAAUACACGGGUGAUUUUAUUGUCCUUUCCUAUAGAAAGCCGUGCUCACAUCGCGAAAAUGCAACAGAUAAUUUGCAGUUGCGCAUUUCAUCGCGAUCGAUUAACUUUGGUCACACAAAUACCUUUGCUGAGGGACAAAGUCGGUGGAAAAUAUACAGCGGUGUUCCGGUCUUUCAUCAAGAUUUUGAAAGCGUUUUUGUUGUUUACCAUUAUUUGUAAGUCUUGCUCCUUGUCUGUCACAAAGUAAAACGUAAAGGAGACAAGCAUCGUAACGAUAAAGUAAUGCGACUCAGAUCAUGUCAUGUUCGGAAACUAAUGAGUAGGGAAACUGUCAUUCCUUGAUGCCUAUCAAUAUGAAAGUCUCUGACCUAAUAGUAAACAAUUUAAUUUUCAAAUCUUCGUCGAAGAAUGUGUCUCAUUCCCCCUAAACGGAGCACAGGGUACUCAAUCAGCUAGCGAAAUAUUCUAACGGCAAGACUUUUGCCUGACAAUAUAGUGAAACUAAAACCAACCUCUGUGAAGAGUUUUCUCACGAAAUAGAAAUGCCUCGUAUGAAAUAUGAUUUAAAAAUAGGCUAGAUCGCGGUUGGUAGCCAGACCCCGUAUAAAAGGUGGCUGGGGGUUUGUUUACUGGGGCUAUUUUGUGGGGUUUUAUGAUCACAUCUGACCCAUUUGGCUUCCGUUUUAGGUUUGAGGUUAGAAUUAGGGUAGAAGUUAAUGGUUUUCGAUUUUCGAGUUAGGGUAAUGCAUUUAGCCUUAGGUUUUCGGGUUACGGUUAGUGUUUGAGCGUACGAUUAGGUUUCAGUAUUACGGUUAUAUUUUUCAGUUCCGGCCAUGUCUAAGGACUUCGGUUACUUUUACGAUUUCAAUUAGGGUUGUCUUUAAUGUUAACGGUUUACGUUUAAGGUUGAGGUUAGAGUUAAGGUUAGGAUAAGGGCUAAGGUCGCCGUCCGCGUCCCCAUCCCUGGCUACCAACUGCGAUCUAGCCCAAAAAUAUCCCCGUAAUAAAUCAACGGGAGUAUAUUUGCUUUAUAUAUGGAAGCUCCUGUCUGCCUUUACAAUAAUAUAUUGAAACGCUCAAAAACACCAUCAGUGCCAGGUGGAGUUAAAGAAACGAUUGUAGUGGUAACAUCAGAUAUUCUGGAUCAGCACUUGUAAUCUACAACCAGCGGCCCGCCUAAAGAUAGGCCAGUCUGUGCAGAUGCGGAAUAUAUGUCUUUUAAAUUCGUCAGUACCAAUGACAAGUGCAUUUUAAAAUAAGCCCGUGCGUAUGUAGACAUUCAAGUUUAAUGAGGAUAAACAGGUGAACUUCCGGCUAAUAACUGCUCUUGUAACUACGACAGAAAAUUAGAGAAACUGCGAGUUGUCUCUAUGAGCUGUUUCGUCAUCCUCUUGCCUUACUUGCAGAUUGGGGCACUAG